UGUCUUUUAUACAGGUAACAAGCUGAGAUUAGGAGCACUCCCUUUAAGAGUGUGCUCCUAAUCUCAGCUCGUUACCUGUAUAAAAGACACCUGGGAGCCAGAAAUCUUUCUGAUUGAGAGGGGGUCAAAUACUUAUUUCCCUCAUUAAAAUGCAAAUCAAUUUAUAACAUUUUUGACAUGCGUUUUUCUGGAUUUUCUUGUUGUUAUUCUGUCUCUCACUGUUCAAAUAAAUCUACCAUUAAAAUUAUAGACUGAUCAUUUCUUUGUCAGUGGGCAAACGUACAAAAUCAGCAGGGGAUCAAAUACUUCUUUCCCUCACUGUAUUUAGUGUGAGUGCCCAAGAAAAUUAAAUACUAGUCCUAAUUUAGAUAGUCUAAAAGAAAGGUGGUGAAUUCUUAUCAAUUGAAACAUUUUUAGAUUAUUGUUGAAAAUAAUUUUAAUGUUUAAAUGAUCUAAAUUUAAUUGCAUUUUAUUCUGGUAGGGUAAAAAUUUUAUUUAAAUUUUUUAAAAUAAAAUACAGCAUAAAAUUAAUUCCUAGGGGGUGAAUACUCGAAGUAUAAGGAAGUAUAAUAUAAUAUAAUAUAAUGUAAUAUAAUAUAAUAUAUAACACGGUCUCCUUAUUCUCAUACUCUAUAAAUUGUACAUGCCUGGCUCUAGAGGGAGUUUCCUGAACUGGCUGAGAAAAGCUCAUUCAGAUCAUUACCGUUUUUAUAUGGAGGUUUUUUGCCAAUAUUUUAUUCCACUUUGCUGCACUGAUACAGUGAUUGAUCCGGUUGUGUUUAGCAAUAUGGAGCAAGUGGCUCACUCCCAAAAAAUCUUACACUAUGAAAUUCAUAUCACACCACUUUUGUGCAGAAAUCUUCCCACUCUCUGCAUGACAACUCCUUUUUAAUACUUUUUAUUUAUUUCUUUAUUUCUUUAUUUCUUUAUCUAUUUAUUUAUUUUACUUACCACCAAACCACCCUGAACAGCACAACAUGCACAAUGGUCUAUAGAGUUGUAGACUGGGGGGAAAAAACAUCACUUGGUCAUUUUCCAAUCUUCAACUGUCCAGUUUACGUGAGCCUAGCCUCAGAUCCCUGUUUUUGACAGUAGUAGACUGAUAGUAGUCUUCUGCUGUUGUAGCCCAUCCACCUUAAGCUUCAGAAUGUUAUGUGUUAUGAGAUGCUUUCCUGCCCACCACAGUUGUAAACAGCCUUACUGUCAGCUUGAACCAGAAUGGCCAUUCUCCUCUGACCUCUCUCAUCAAGAAGGUGUUUCUGGCCACAGAACUGCUGCUCACUGGAUUUUUUUUUUCUUUUCACACCACUGUGUGUAAACUCUAGAGACAGAUGUGCUGAUAUCACAUUUUCCCCUUUCUGAUUUUUGUUAACAUUAACUGAAACUCUCGACCUGUAUCUGCAUUAUUUUAUUAAUUGUGCUGCUGUCCAAUGAUUAGAUGCUUGCAUGAAGAAGCUGGUGUAUAUUUGUUCUUAUUAAAGUGGCCGGCAGAAAUAAGCAUUGCCGCCUCACAGCACCAGGGCUGUGGAGUUUUUGUGCAUGUUCUCCCCAUGUCCAUGUGGCUUUCUUCUUGGUUCUCUGGUUUCUUCUCCCAAAAAAGACAUCAGAAGGUAGAUUGUCGAAGAUGAGUUUCCCCUAGGUGUGAAUGAGUGUGUGAAUGUGUUUGCAUGGUGCCCAGUGAUGAACUGGCGUCUAGUUAAGAGUGAAUCCCCAUCUCACACCCAGUGUUCUCAGGAUAGCCUCUGGAUCCACUGUGACCCUGAACAGGAUAAGCGCUUACUGAGUGAGAGUAAGAAACAAAUCAAUUGACUGAAGAAUACAGUAUAUACAAAAUGAUGUUUAAAAAGUGUUUAAUUGUAUUCACUGAUACUUUUAUUCAUUCUUUUAUUUAUUUAUUUAUUUUUCCUUUUGGCAGACCCUCUGUUAGCCUAUUAAUAUCCUUUUUCCACUUUCCCAUGACCAGGCCAGGCCCCCUGCUGUCAUUUUGUUUGCUUAUGCAUAGGGUCAGCCUUGGUAUAGUCAGUUAUUCUGGCAUUUACAGCUGUGAAGUCAACAUAACCAAAUUUGACAAAAAGUUAGUUGUAUUGAAAAAUAACACCUUUAAGAGACAUAUUAAUCUCUAAUACUACUACUACUACUACUACUACUACUACUACUAAUAAUAAUAAUCUCUAGGUAAUGACGCUUUGUUUUUUUUUUCUUUUUUUCUUUUUUUUUUUCUUUUUUUUUUUUGCAUUCCCACCCCCCAAGCUGGCAUGUCUGGACUAUUUAUUCUGUUCUGUAGCAAAGGAACAUCUGGAAGCAGUCAGUGAAGUCUGCAUAGGAGGAGUGGGAGAGAAGGAGGGAGCUUGGUCUCAGGCUCACUCCCCAGACAAGCAUCACUGCGCUGAAGCAGGCGAGCGCGUUUGGCGAAAGGGCCAUCGGCGACUGCAGUCGUCUCUUUUCUCUUCCUCUUCCUCGGAACACAGCAAGGACGAUUCUCAGAGCCCUGGUUUUCAUUGCGGCGCGCGCACAGUGUCUGCGCCUGUUUUCGGAACAACACGGAUGGGAAUCGAUCGCAGCGGUGUGCGUUCAACCCCGUUAAACGUUUAAUCUUCGGCCUGGAAGCCAUUUAAAAAAAUAAUCCCUACUUUGGCGGUCGCUCUUUUUAUGCUGCGUCCAGUUUUAAAGAAAUUAGAGAGAGACAAACGGAUAUUCCGAAUAUCGUUGGACCAAGUAGGGCUCGUGCUGGGUUUCUUCUUAGCUAGGGCCCGGAUGUUGUAAGGAUGCACUGGUUCGUUUUCUUAGACGGCUCCAGUCAAUAUUUAUUCCCGCUUUUUAACUCCAUCAUGGGAAUAAGGUAAUAUUCACUCAACCCACGAAAGGGCCAACUUGAGUGUCUUCGUCCUCCUUCCUUCAGCUUUUUAAUUUUCUUUCCAAAUUUGGGAUGUUUUUCUACUAUCGCAACCCUUUUUAUUUUACAACCUUUUUUGCUUCUUUCAUCUCACUGAUACAAAAGCUGGGCUGCGUCUAUGUUCAGUGAGAGCAAAAAAUGUAUAUACCGGAGGAAACCCUUGAAAACCAUCAAGGUUCUAACUACACCAGCCCAUCUCUGGUUAUGGUGUCUAAUGUAAGUGAGAAGGAGCACAGUGUUAGUGUUAGCAAAGGUAGUAUGGUAGGUCUGGCACCAGAACACAUCCCUACACCUAAUGCCGCCCUCAGCUGGCAGGCAGCUAUCGAUGCAGCACGUCAGGCCAAGCUGAUAAGGAGUGCAGCAGCAGCACCCAUCUCCACAGCAAUUUCUACGCAGCAACAGCGUCAGCACUACAGCAAACCCAAGAAACAGACGAGCACAGUGGCCACACGGCCCCCGCACUCCCUCCUCUGCCUUACCCUCAAAAACCCCCUCAGACGAGCUUGUAUCAGUAUUGUGGAGUGGAAACCCUUUGAAAUCAUCAUUUUAAUGACUAUUUUUGCUAACUGUGUUGCCUUAGCUGUCUACAUCCCCUUUCCUGAGGAUGACUCCAAUGCCACCAACUCCAAUCUGGAGCAAGUGGAAUAUCUCUUCCUUAUCAUCUUUACAGUGGAAGCAUUUCUGAAGGUCAUCGCAUAUGGGCUGCUAUGUCACCCCAAUGCCUAUUUAAGGAAUGGCUGGAAUCUGUUGGAUUUCAUCAUUGUCGUUGUAGGGUUGUUCAGUGCUAUAUUAGAACAGGCCACAAAAGAAAAUGGAGGGACACCUAUUGGAGGGAAGGCAGCAGACUUUGAUGUGAAGGCCCUGCGUGCUUUUAGAGUACUGAGACCCCUACGAUUGGUGUCCGGUGUUCCCAGUUUACAAGUAGUGUUGAACUCUAUAAUUAAGGCCAUGGUUCCUCUGCUACACAUCGCUCUGCUUGUACUCUUUGUGAUCAUCAUCUAUGCCAUCAUCGGCCUAGAGCUCUUCAUGGGGAAGAUGCACCGUGCAUGCUUUUCCUUCAGAAAUGGACACAGAGGGCCUCUAGCUGAGGAGAAGCCUGCACCUUGUGCCCCAAAUAAUGCCCAUGGGCGGCACUGCACCCCAGCCAACAUCACCCAGUGCAUGAUGGGAUGGGAGGGACCAAAUGAUGGCAUUACAAACUUUGAUAACUUUGCAUUUGCCAUGCUAACAGUGUUUCAGUGCAUCACCAUGGAGGGCUGGACUGACGUCCUCUAUUGGGUGAAUGAUGCUGUAGGGAACUCCUGGCCAUGGCUUUAUUUUGUUACUCUAAUCAUCAUUGGCUCAUUUUUUGUUCUUAACUUGGUUCUGGGGGUCCUGAGCGGAGAGUUCUCUAAGGAGCGUGAAAAGGCAAAGGCACGUGGAGAUUUCCAGAAGUUACGAGAAAAGCAACAGCUAGAAGAGGAUCUAAAGGGCUACCUGGAUUGGAUCACUCAGGCUGAGGACAUUGACCCGGAGAAUGAUGAGGGACUGGAUGAUGCCAAACCGAGAAACUUGAGUAUUCCAGCAAGUGAGAGUGAGUCCGUGAACACUGACAUCCCUCCCACUGGAGAUUUAGAGGGAGAACCCUGCUGUACCCAUCUAGUAAAUAGGAUCUCCAAAUCCAAAUUCAGUCGAUAUUCUCGUCGCUGGAAUCGUCUGUGCAGGCGUAAAUGUCGAGCUGCUGUGAAGUCGAAUGUCUUUUAUUGGCUGGUGAUUUUUUUUGUGUUCCUGAAUACUCUAACCAUUGCCUCGGAACACCAUAAACAACCACAGUGGCUGACGGAUGUACAAGAUAUCGCCAACAAGGUUCUCCUAGCGCUCUUCACUGGAGAAAUGCUUUUGAAGAUGUACAGUUUGGGACUGCAGGCGUAUUUUGUCUCACUUUUUAAUCGCUUUGAUGGUUUUGUGGUGUGUGGUGGGAUACUAGAGACCAUCCUGGUUGAGACGAAGGUUAUGUCCCCUCUAGGCAUAUCAGUGCUGCGUUGUGUGCGCCUGCUGCGCAUCUUCAAAAUCACCAGGUACUGGAACUCUCUCAGCAACCUGGUAGCAUCUUUGCUGAACUCUGUCCGUUCCAUCGCCUCCCUGCUGCUGCUGCUCUUCCUUUUCAUCAUUAUUUUUAGUUUGCUAGGCAUGCAACUGUUUGGUGGGAAGUUCAACUUCGAUGAGACACGUCGGAGCACAUUUGACAACUUUCCCCAGUCAUUACUCACAGUCUUCCAGAUUUUGACUGGAGAGGACUGGAACUCAGUAAUGUUUGAUGGGAUUAUGGCCUAUGGUGGACCAUCAUUUCCUGGUAUGCUUGUGUGCAUCUACUUCAUCAUUCUCUUCAUAUGUGGAAACUACAUCCUCCUGAAUGUAUUCUUGGCCAUUGCUGUAGACAACCUUGCAGAUGCAGAGAGUUUGACAUCAGCUCAAAAAGAGGAAGAAGAAGAGAAGGAAAGGCGGAAGCUGGCCAGAAUGGCUAGUCCGGAGAAGUGGCAAGGCAAUGAGAAACUUCCAGUUGAGAAAAAAGAAGAAAAGAUUGAAAUGAAAUCAAUUACCUCAAAUGAAGAAACUACAAAACCCACCAAGAUCAAUAUUGAUGACAACGAUGAGAAUUUAUAUCCAGUGAACGACUUCCCAGGAGAGGAUGAGGAGGAGGAGCCAGACAUGCCAGUGGGCCCAAGGCCAAGGCCUCUUUCAGACAUUCAUCUGAAGGAGAAGGCUGUUCCUAUGCCUGAAGCUAGAGCUUUCUUCAUCUUCAGUCAUACAAACAAGUAUAGAGUUUUGUGCCAUAGGAUUGUCAACCACAACAUCUUCACCAAUCUUAUACUCUUCUUUAUUCUGCUAAGUAGUAUUUCUCUGGCUGCAGAGGACCCAGUAAAAAGUGACUCAUUCAGGAAUCAGAUUCUAGGUUAUGCAGAUCAUGUUUUCACGGGUCUCUUCACCAUAGAGAUUAUAUUAAAGAUGACAGCAUACGGAGCAUUCCUCCAUAGGGGUUCUUUCUGUCGUAACUACUUCAACAUCCUGGAUCUGGUGGUGGUCAGUGUCUCUCUCAUCUCUUCUGGGAUUCAGUCAAGUGCCAUUAACGUUGUGAAGAUUUUGAGAGUUCUUAGAGUCCUCAGACCCCUGAGAGCCAUUAACAGGGCCAAGGGCCUCAAACAUGUAGUCCAGUGUGUAUUUGUAGCAAUCCGCACCAUCGGGAACAUUGUUAUUGUCACCACUCUGCUGCAGUUUAUGUUUGCCUGCAUUGGAGUACAACUCUUUAAGGGCAAGCUCUACUUUUGCACAGACUCUUCUAAGCCGACCCAGACAGAAUGCAGGGGGGAUUACAUUCUGUAUAAAGAUGGUAAUGUUGGGAAGCCGGAAAAAGUUUCUCGUAAUUGGGCCAACAGUGAAUUCAACUUUGAUGAUGUGCUUCAAGGCAUGAUGGCCUUGUUUGCUGUGUCCACUUUUGAAGGAUGGCCUAGCCUCCUGUACAGAGCCAUAGACUCCCAUGCCGAAGAUACUGGCCCCAUCUACAACUACCGUGUGGUCAUCUCUGUCUUCUUUAUCAUCUAUAUCAUCAUCAUCGCCUUCUUCAUGAUGAACAUCUUUGUCGGUUUUGUCAUUGUUACAUUCCAGGAGCAAGGAGAGCAGGAGUACAAGAACUGCGAGCUGGACAAGAACCAGCGGCAGUGUGUGGAGUAUGCUCUAAAGGCACGGCCUCUGCGCAGGUACAUUCCAAAGAAUCCAUACCAGUAUAAGGUGUGGUAUGUGGUCAACUCCACCUACUUUGAAUAUCUGAUGUUCACUCUAAUCCUACUUAACACCAUCUGCUUGGCAAUGCAGCACCAUGGCCAGUCACCAUCCUUCAACAAAGCCAUGAACAUCCUGAACAUGCUCUUCACUGGUCUGUUCACUGUGGAGAUGAUCCUCAAACUUAUUGCCUUCAAACCCAGGGGCUAUUUUAGUGAUCCUUGGAAUGUUUUUGACUUCCUCAUCGUAAUUGGCAGCAUUAUAGAUGUCAUUCUGAGUGAAAUAAAUGGUCUCCAGAAUACAGAAGAUAAUGCCAGGAUUUCCAUUACCUUCUUCCGACUCUUUCGAGUUAUGAGACUGGUAAAGCUGCUUUCACGUGGAGAGGGAAUUCGAACAUUGCUGUGGACCUUUAUCAAAUCUUUCCAAGCACUUCCUUAUGUAGCAUUACUCAUAGUAAUGCUUUUCUUCAUCUACGCUGUUAUUGGAAUGCAGAUGUUUGGUAAGAUCGCACUGACAGACAACAGCCAGAUCAACCGAAACAACAAUUUUCAAACAUUCCCGCAAGCUGUGCUGCUGCUUUUCAGAUGUGCAACAGGUGAGGCCUGGCAGGAGAUAAUGCUGGCCUGCUCCCCAAAUCGCCCAUGUGAAAAGGGUUCUGAAGAGGCCCCUACCAGUGAGGAGUGUGGCAGUCAUUUUGCCAUCAUUUACUUUGUCAGUUUCUACAUGCUUUGUGCUUUUCUGAUUAUCAACCUGUUUGUGGCAGUUAUAAUGGACAACUUUGACUACCUGACACGGGACUGGUCCAUACUAGGACCACAUCAUCUUGAUGAGUUCAAGAGGAUAUGGGCAGAGUAUGACCCUGAGGCAAAGGGAAGGAUUAAGCAUCUGGAUGUGGUGACAUUGCUUAGAAGGAUUCAGCCACCCCUGGGGUUUGGCAAACUCUGUCCCCACAGAGUGGCCUGCAAGCGCCUGGUAUCCAUGAACAUGCCUCUGAACAGUGAUGGCACAGUAAUGUUUAAUGCUACUCUGUUUGCCCUGGUGCGCACAGCCCUUCGCAUUAAAACUGAAGGUAAUCUGGAGCAGGCAAAUGAAGAACUGAGGGCAAUAGUAAAAAAGAUCUGGAAGAGGACCAGUAUGAAGUUGCUGGACCAGGUUGUGCCCCCAGCAGGAGAUGAUGAGGUGACAGUUGGGAAGUUCUAUGCCACAUUCCUCAUCCAAGAAUACUUCAGGAAGUUCAAAAAGAGGAAAGAACAAGGCUUAGUGGCUAAAGUGCCUCCAAAAACAGCUCUCUCUCUGCAGGCUGGCCUGCGUACACUGCAUGAAAUGGGUCCAGAAAUACGGAGGGCAAUAUCAGGAGACCUCACUGCAGAGGAAGAGCUGGAGAAGGCCAUGAAGGAAACAGUGUGCACUGCAUCUGAAGAUGAUCUCUUCAGGGUGAAGCGAUCAGAUGGUUUCUUUAGAAACCACAUGAACUAUUAUCAUCAGAGUGAUGACUGCACUGAUUUCCCCCCAUCCUUCACCAGUCAGCGGCCACUGCACAUCAGCAAGUCAGGCAGCCCUGGAGAGGGCAAGUCACCGUCUUGUGAGAAACUGGUGGACUCCACCUUCACACCAAGCAGCUAUUCCUCCUCAGGUUCCAAUGCCAACAUCAACAAUGCCAACAACACAUCCAUCAGCCACUGUUACCCAUCCAUUAGCACUGUGGAUGGGCACAUCAGGCCCCUGCUCAUACCUGUGCUACUCCCAUGCUCUUCAUGGUCCUUCCCCAAUAAAAGCUCAGACUCGGGUGAAUGUCAUUUCCCCGUAAUCUCUCGGGGAGAGGCGGAUAAAGAUGAAAUGCAUGACAUGAUGGUUACAGAGACUGAAUGCCAACAUGAGCAGGACAUGCUCUCCACUAAAAUGUUGGUUUUGCAAAAUGAUGAGUGUAAGCAGUUAGCUGUGAUGGAAGAGACAGAUGGGGGUGGGGACAGAAGACCAUGGCAGUUUGCCCAACAGACUGUUCUCUGUCCAACUGCACUAAGUCGACGAUCUUCCUUUCAUCUAGAGUGUGUGAGCAGACAGAGCAGAACUGAAACUUCGCAUAAGACAACGUUGCCCCUGCACUUUGUCCAGCAUCAGUGGGGUGCGAUGCAGACAGCAGACAUGGUUGCUCAGCCUCCUACAAAUAAAAAUCUCCACUACUUCCAGAAAGAAACUGACCUGGCAGCCUGGAAUGUGUUGAUCUUGGAACAGUUGGACCGCUACUCACAGGACCCCUCAUUCGUCAAGGUGGCCAAGCAGGAGCUGGCUGCUACACAUGACAUGACCAUGGAAGUGAUGGAAAGUGUGUCAGAAAGCAUUCUCAAUGCCAAUGGGCCUCACAGCCCAAAUAGCAACCUCCUGCCUUAUAUGCACUGCAGCAAUGGAGUGAGAACCAACCAGGGACAAAAAAGAGCCUGGGAAAUAAAGGUUCAUGAGAAGGGGGUGGGAGGACUGCAUGUUGCUGAGCACAGUCAACUGAACAGUAAGCUACUAGUUGAUGAGGACAUGGUGUGUGUGACAAGCUUGUAGGGAGAACUUCAGCAAAGAAGACCUUCAUUUCACCAGACUGUCAUCCUGUUAAGAGUUCCCCUGCUCUGUCUGAGAAUACUAGAGCAUCUCUUAAGCCAGAAAUGUAUCUUUAAACCCAUAGUUAUUAUAGGAGUAUAAUGCAAUUUGACUUAGCUUAAAUGAAAGCUUUUCUUUCUUUUUACUUUCUUUCUUUCUUUCCGUGUGAAUGGCUAUGAGCAAAUUUGUCUAGUAUGUGAUUGUGUGAGUGAGAAAGAAAAAUGUGUCUAUAUAAAAGUGCCUCACAGUUCUUAGAACCUUGACUGAGUAAUGAUGCAAAGACAAAAAAAAGACUUCAAAAACAGGAAAAGGAGAACUGUCAUACACCUUUUUCAUUUUGUCAUAAGGGAAUGAUCAGCACUGAAAGGCCUUUUGCAAAGGCUCAGUGGAGGAUUAAGUUAAGGCUGGUUUGUCUCCAGCUUGUAUACAAAAUGGGGGCGGAAGCACCUUUUGCUCUGUUUCCCCCUUCUUGUUUGUAUUUUUUCAGAGGGCAAUGCCAUUGAACAAAGAGGCAGUACACGGGCAGGCUCUGGCCAGGCCCCUCCACCAGGCUCACAUACAGUUUAAAUAGUAAUUACACUUUUGGUUCUUGUUACUCCCUGUCCUCUCUGCAGGUUUGUGCUUUAGGGGCUGACGUGCAAGUGUGUGGGUUGGGUAUGGGGGAAUGCAAGGUAGGAUUUGUUAGCAAUUAGCAAUCACAUGGUUAAAGCUUUAUGCUAAUAACUGAAAUUGACAGAAGAGAGAGUAAUGUGUCACAGAGUUUGUUGUGAUAGAGAGAUCAUUUGAUGUGGAAGACAUUUCACCUGAAUCACCCUUAUGUGAUAAUAAUAAUUAGCUGGAUAAGCAUACAGUUGGCUCAGAGUUUUAUAUUGAGAUUGAACACAGACUAAUAGUCAGUGAAUGGUACAAACCAUGUGUUGUGCUUAGUUUAGGGGUUUAUAUAGUAAGGAAACAGCCCACUAAUAGCUGUUUAUAGUGUUUAUUACAAUUUCUAUAACAGUUACGGUAAUAAGUGAUGUCAGUAGAGUAAUAGCAUAGGUAGCAACUUAUUUUUCUCAUUAACAAUCUAAAACUGAACGCAAUGUACAGUUAUGGCACUAUUAACAAUUCAUUGGUGACUAUCAAAAUAUUGUUGUCUCAAUUUAUUAUCAUUAGUAUUCAUAACACCACAAAGUCAAUUCACAAUUUUCACACUGCUCUUACUCUCUGUGUGUACUUGUGGUUGUUAUAUUAACUGCUUGCCAAGGGAAAAUGGAAAAUUUGCAGGGAAAUCCUCCAGGUUAGUGAGAGCCUUCAUAUUUUGUCAGUAAGUAAUGUUUUUCAUCUGUGAGAAAGAUUACAUGGUAUGAAAAUUGACAGAAACUAUUCCCUUCCUAUAUUCAUAAAAUCAUCAUUGUGUAUAGCAUAGUUAUACUUAUAGUCAUAGUAAUUUCUCAUCAUUAUGUAUAGCACAUUUAUAUUUAUAAUCCAAACUCCUCAGCUGCACUAAUAGUUUAGUGUGGUGAGGGGUGAUGGAGCAAAUCAUCACCAGAGGGCAAUAACAUUGCUUGACUGAUUUACAUAAUGUCACAUGUCUCAAAACUCGAGUGCCAUGACACAUUUGUGCAUAUAGCAGAAUUGAACUACAAAGAUGCCACAGAGGUGGAACUACAAUUUUUUCCCCCCUUUAUUUUAACAGUUUAGACAAAUGUAUUUUCAUCAAGACUGGGGUUAUUUUCUUAUAAAGAAAAUACUAAUUUAUAUUCUUAUAAAGCAAUUAAUUUCAGUUUUUAAUUAAAAAUAAAUGGUGGUGUAAUUACUCUUUAAAGUGUUUUUGUGUGAGCUCUAGGAGGUGGCACAUGAAGCAGAGAGAUUUUAAAGUACAGAAAAUAUUGUACAGCCAUUGCAAGUCUCCUGUUUUCUCCAGGCUGUCAUCCUCUGUUUAACUAAUGGUCAGGAGGCAGUCUGUAUCGAAAAUCCACCAUAUAUGUCAAUUUAUCUAACCGUUUAUACUUUUCAUUUUCCAUGGGCAUUGCAUUUUAUUAUUCUUUGUGGGCCCCUUGUCAUUUUCAUUUGUGGAUCAUGUUCUUUCAAGCUUACUCUCUAGUAUGUGAGAUAGUAGAAGGAAGUUGUGGUUAAUCCUCUGUUUUCUCCUUACAGCUCUUCUCUAUAUCUCUGUCGAUUAUGCAGUGGAAUGGAUUUCACAUAACUUUAGAAGGUUCAGGUCUGAAAUACAUUUUGUCCAUGCAUGCUAUAUUCGAUAAUGGUAUUUUAAUAAUGUUAUAUUUUCUUGGACUUGUGUUGUAUUUUUGUAACGUAAUUUAUCCUGCUUUUAAGAGAACACAACCAGUGCCCACUCUGCUAUCCCCUGUUUUUACUAAGAUGAAUAAGAUAUGUAGUACCCUGCCUAAGGCCAACACAUUAAAUGUAUUUAUUUAUUUAUUUUUCCUAGAGAUGGUGUGCGCUCAUUGGGGAAGCACUGUGUUGUUGUGUUUUGUUAAUCAUUAUCAUAGAAGAUGUGUGCUAAGGAACGAUAGCCCACCUAUACAAUUGUAUCAAAGGCAAAUAUGUGAAGAUGCAAAGGCUUUUGUUUUUAUUGCUGCUCCAUUUCUGGUUCAUAGAUAGUCUGAAGAUACUACAUAAGUACCCAGAUGGCACAAACUGCCAAAAUUGUUAUUUGAUAUAGUGUGAUUUUCAAAGUCAAACUGUUAUUGCAGUUACUUUUAGACUAUUUAAAACGCCUCUCCCAAAUCCAGGAGAGAACACUGCUACACUAAUCAUGACAAUAAUGGUGCACUUUGAGGAGAGACAGGAGAAACAAAUGUAUUUAUUCAGGGACUCAUGGGUAGCCUAUCAUUUAAGAUACUCUUUCCAGCAUAGUUUAAACAACAGGGCUAAGUAUAUCAUUAAAGCCACUAUUAUUAUUAUUAUUAUUAUUAUUAUUAUUAUUAUUAUUAUUAUUAUUAUUAUUAUUAUUAAAUCAUUGUUGUUGGUGGUGGUGGUGUUACUAUUGUUAAUGUUGUCUAAAAUAAUUUCACUUGGUUUUAGCAGUGUAUUCAAUCACAUUAACAAAGAAAGAAUUGGUGAUUUAUUAUGCAAAUAAGGUGUUCAAAUGUUCUAGGUAAUAUUGUUAUAAGAAGAUAAUAUGAUGCCAGAGUGACUUAUAUGCUUAGUAACAUUUUGAUGAUUAUGAAAUUAUAACAUGCUUAGUACGGCCUUUGUUAUUCCAUACAUAUCACACUGGAUUUAAAAAAAUGUUUCAUAUAAGACCUCUGAAAUUUAAACUCUGAAUUAAACAGUUAGUUUAUUUCCAAUAUUCUGUGUUCUAAAGCUCCACUUUGGCAACAAUGUAUGUCUGUUUAUAGCAUUUUAAUAGUGUUUAUUUUUAUUUUAUUUUAUUAUUUUUUUUACAGCUGUUGUGGAUGAAUGUACUCCUGUCAACUGUAAGGAAAUGUUUAUGGUAAAAUCCUGAUAAACAUGUAGCCAGUGUU